AUGUCAACAACUGGACUUGAUUCAUUUCGUAGAUAUUCAACUAAUAUUUCAUUGAAUGAACAUAUUGAUCAACUUAAUGAACAAUUACAUCAUUUACUUGAUAAUAAUCGAAUUCAUUUUAGUAAAAGAAAAAAACUUCUUUUACAACUUGAAAGAAAAAAUAAUCAAUAUCGACGAGUUAUUGAUCGAUUAGAUUUACAAAAUCAAAAAAAAAUAACGAUUAAUAACGAUCUUAUUCGAUGCAUUAAAAAAAAGAUUAUAGAUGAAGAUCGUCAACAACGGCAACAGAGAACAAAUGAACAAGAAGAAGACACUAGUUGGUCUCUUGGUAGUAUGGCUACUUUAUUUGGUGCAGCUUUUGCUGGAAUUAUUAGUGCUGCUACUUUUAUUAUAAUGAUGUUAGACCGUUCAAAAGAAAGAACCAUUUAA